AAAAUGCAUCCGAUUCAGCCAUCUGCUACUUUUUAAUGCUACGACUAGUACACACUUGUUAGUGCUCGGGUGUACUUGAUGCUUGUUUUUCUCUUUUGCCUUUGGUGGCUAAAAAGUGAUGCUGAAACUGGGCUUGCACGUGCUGGUUGUUUCGUUUUCCAAGGUUUGGAGGACAAUCCGUCUUAUUCUUGCCUCUCACACGCCUCGCACUCUCACUCGCACAGGCUUCCGACAACUCCCGAAUUUCAGGAGAAAAGCAGGGAAUUGCCAUCACGAGAGAACUGGGCCGUACUCCGUACGUGGCAUGCUUUUAUUCUUCAGUCUCCUCAUCGCAUGACAUUCUUCGACCCAGCAGAAGGGGGGAAAAAAAAUCUGCGCCCGAUUCCGGAGUGGACUGCUCACAUCUCAGAACAGGACAAUCCCCCACGCGGUGCUCCUCUCACCUCAUAGCAGCCUAAACACGGCAGCAAAGAGUUCGAGUAAGCAAGGCGACAUCCAGUGGCUGAAUAGUCAGAGUUUAGGGCUCGGCUCCUCAAUGUUAGCGCUGCGACGGGCGACCCAAAUCUCCAAACGUGCGGGGAAGCUGUGUAUGCAGGCAGAAGGGGUGGCGGCAGGGAUUUGCUUGGAGAUAGCUGCUGGUAUUAUCAAAAUGCUGCUGUCAAGCUGCUCUCUGCCGCUGCCUAAUGCUAGUACUAAC